GAGGGGAAAAUCGCGUGAUAGAUUGUGGUGUGAGUGCAAUUCGUCAGAAGUCAUCACGUAAAAACGGUUCCAUAGCUAGCCGUAUUGGGCUGUGGUGGAAUCGCGCGAUUAUUGUAUCUAGAGGUGCGAAUAUUGGCGGUGUUCCGUUUUCGUUCGUCCCGUCGUACUAAUACCGAUCCGGAAUACAAUAAGUUUGGUGCCGGAAGUUUGAUCUGGCCUAGCUGCGUGCGUGAUAUUUUCACCCGUCAUCGGUUCCGGUGCUGCUGACGGGGAGCAGUGCGUUUUUUUUUGUUUAAGGAAAGUACGAAGCUGGCCUUUGCCUCCUUUCACAUCCGCCUUGAUGAUUCACGGUCACGGGUGAAGAAAAAAUUUCACCACUCUCUGGUAUCUACAAAGCGAUGCUGUGCCUUGGGGUUGUGUAGUGUGGAUACGUGUGCCGUUCCGGGAAGAUACUCAGCUGCAGGUGGCAAAGUGCGACACGUUGCCAUCAUUGGCAGACAGAUUGUUUGUCUGUCCUACCCGUGCAAAGUGUGAGAUGGUAGUGGAGAAGAAAUCGGUGUAAAGUUCAGUGGGAAAAUUCAUGUGAUUUUUUUUUAUUCGCUUCGUAUUCUGUGCGUGGUGUACUCCGGGGUAAAGCAAGCCCAUCCGCAACCAACAACUGUCAGUUGGGGUAUUGUUUUCGAUAUUUUACAUACUACGGAACCGCCGACUGUGCAUAGUCUGUAGAACAUCUCGUAUUGGAACACACGAACAUCAGCGAUGUAUUUCUACAAGCAAAAGCUGCUGCAUGCGGCGCAGCUAAAGAAGCUGUUUGAACACAAAUAUUCCUGCACCAAUGUAAGCUUGAUGGAUCCGUUCCUGCAGCCCUGGUGGUGCUGGCUGGUGUCGAAGGUGCCACUAUGGUUAGCCCCCAAUCUCAUCACAACCGUAGGCCUGCUGAUCAACAUCGCCACUACGCUGAUUCUGAUCUACUUCAGUCCAACCGGACGAGAGGAACCACCCAGAUGGUCUUCGGCGCUUUGUGGCAUUGGGCUUUUCAUCUAUCAAAGUCUGGAUGCGAUCGAUGGAAAACAGGCCCGCCGAACUAAUUCGUCAUCGCCGCUGGGUGAACUGUUCGAUCACGGCUGUGACUCCAUAUCGACUGUAUUCGUCGCUCUAUCGGCGUGUAUUUCCGUCCAGCUUGGCUACUAUCCGCGAUGGAUGUUUUUCCAGUGUUUCUGCGCCAUGACGCUGUUCUACUGUGCCCAUUGGCAAACGUACGUGUCCGGCACGUUGCGCUUCGGACGCAUCGACGUUACCGAAGCACAGUGCACGAUCAUCGGCAUUCACAUGAUAUCGGCUGUGUUCGGUCCAUCGAUCUGGAUGACCAAGAUGUGUUGGAUCUCAGGUUUCGAACUGUGGAGCACGAUGGCGAUCAUGACUAUCCUGUGCGGUGGUUGGUCACUGUUGGAGUUCUUCUCAGUGAUCCGAGCCGGUGGUGUCGGUAAAAACGGAUCAACGGUCGCCAUACCGAUCGUCGGUGGCACUUGGAACCACACCGUGUGUGCCACCUUUACGUUUGGAUUUAUACAAAUGUUCAUCACCUUCUGUCAGAGUUUUCGUGCCGGUGGCGUAGGCAAGAAUGGGUCCACCGUUGCUCUACCGUUGAUGGGCGGCAUCGACGUAAAGACGAUCCCGCUCUACUUUGCCGUGUUUGUGUUCGGGCUACUCGCGUAUCAGAACUCGGCCGUUAUCUUUACCGGUGGCGUGGGCAAGAAUGGAUCAACUGUCGCUGGCACGAGCGUGCUGUCACCGAUCAUACCGUUCCUGUUCGUCGUGGUACCAGCGUACGUGAUCUCGCAGAAGUCAACUGAUCAGAUAUACGAAAAUCAUCCCGCCUUGUACAUAAUGGCGUUCGGGAUGAUUACGGCCAAGGUGACGAACCGGUUGGUGGUCGCCCACAUGACCAAGAGCGAAAUGGAGUAUCUCGACUGGGGACUGAUCGGACCACUGUGUCUGUUUCUCAAUCAGUACUUCAACAGCUUUCUACCGGAGUACUACGUACUGUGGUUCUGUUUGCUCUGGUGCACUAUCGAUCUGAUACGAUACUGUGGUCAAGUGUGCCUGGAAAUUUGUGACUACUUGAAGAUUGAACUCUUCCGCAUACCCUACCCACCAAAGCCUGUUAUGACAUCACAAGGUACGAACCCUCCACAGCAUCACCAUCACCACCAACAUCACCACAACCAUCACAGUCACGAUAACAAGAACGGUACGCAUAGUUUAGCCAAUAACAACCUGCAACUCCAGCAGCAAUCAGUGACGUCCUCGCAGCAACAAUCGAUCAACAGAAAGCAAACGCGAGCCAGCAGCAGAAGGCAAAAUUCCUCUCUGCACCAGUGAGAACGAGAGCUUAUGGAGGCUCUUUCGCACGGUUGGGAGUUUAUUUUUGGGGGUACCAUAGGAUAUCAGCUUCAGAUGAGUAGGAUAGAGAAAAGGAAAGGAGAAUCGUCGAGAUAAUACGGCAAAACAAUACGCUUUACUUGAACACUGUUAAACUCGCAAAGGCGAACACAAGGCGUAUGUAAGGUGCAAUCACAUAAUACACGCAGUCAGUCGCAGUCCGUCUGCACUAAAGCUGUGGCUGGAAGUCGUACGACGUCAACCACCUGGCGGCGUUAAUGAUCUCGCUACGGCUUUUUCUGCUGUAGAAGAUUUAGUUUUGCCUAUAAGGAGAAAACACUUCCUUAAAGUGUUUAGUCCCAAAUGCCUCGAGGGCUGUUUGCGAAAGUAUCAUAAAAUGGGUAGCGAAUAAAACGGUGUUUUGCUACUAGUGUAGCAAAUUGUACCGUUACUGUCAUCUAUAAGCGUGUGUGUUCUUGUCGUGUGCGAUGUAUGAUGCGUUGUCUAUUUCCUCCUGAACUACCAACUGUAUCUAUCAUGCUAAAAUUUUUCCUCUUCGUGCUAGCUUUCAUCAUGGUCGUAUGUUUAUGGUUCUAACGUUAGGCUGUUAUUGUUUGUGCUCUGUGGUUCGUUUUUUGUAUACGUGUUAUGUUAAUAUUUUGUUUUUCUUGCGUGCCUAAACAAUACACGCAUAGGGUUUUGCUCAUACUUUAAUAUUGUGGUAACUGAUUGCUCCGUGUAUGAAAACUAAAACGUACACCCAGCUAGUGUAGGAAGAAGCUGUUCUAUAAGGUCACCUUAAAUUAGCGUCCGUAAAGGCGGAAGAAAGCAAGUGCAGAUUUAGAAGCUUAUUUAUGGUGGAUACUAAAGGUGGACCAGGGCCGUGAAUUUUGUAGCGAAUGCAUAUUAUAGCAAAAAUGAGAUUGCGUUACUACAUCUACUAACCACUGCAGAUGCUCAUAAAAGCCUUUGCGUUAACCAAAAAAGGCAUAUUUAUAGUAAUGCUUUCAAAUUGAUCGUGUAUGGGCGCGCGGGUGAUGUUGUUGGAACACAUUUUUUAUAGCGAUAAUAUUUUUAAAAUACCGCAAGCUCGAGCAGCGAAAGGAGCGAAUUUUUAUCGAACGAUCGUUUCGUAAUCCUCGCGGAAACUGGAUAAGGAAAUGAUACAAUUUUCAAUUCGUAACAGGUUGUGUGCAGUAGAAAAAAAAAAUUCAAGCAACAUGCAAAACUAUCCAUGCCAGUAGAUUUGAGUAGAAGCAAGCAGAAAUGAAAAAAACACAGUAAAAUACAUUGUAUAAAACAAAUCAUACAUUAGGCGCAGGUUCAUGAUCAUGAUCAUGCCAAGUCAGGUCGCGUGCUUAUCAUUGACGUAUAGUUGUGGUAAGAAGGUAUGUACGCGUUGUACGUUUAAACAAUGCAAUGCAACCGUGUGUGAUCAUUCAAUCAUUUCGUUUGUUACAUAUCUAGCCCGUGUUUGGUUUAGUAAUCCCCAAAGAGAGUAGUAACGGGUAGUGAGCGAUGUAGCGUCAUACCAUAACAAACGCCAAAUGAAAAAGAAAACAGGAUAUUGAAAACAAAAAACUGUGUGGAAAAUAUAAAAUGGUAGGAAAAACAUACGAAAAUUAGUCGAAACACACUA